AGCAACAGUGUGGUGCUCUGGGUCUCCAGCUCUGCCCGGCAGGCGAAAUCUCCAGCUCGCUGAACAUCUGCAAGCCAAGUUUUUCAUGUUCUAUGUGAAUGCUGCCCAACUGCACCAGGAAAAUGGGCACAGGGGAUUAUCUCUGCAUUGCUAUGAGCGGAGGGGCGCCGUGGGGCUUCAGGCUGCAAGGGGGCAAGGAGCAGAAGCAGCCUUUGCAAAUCGCCAAGGUUCGCAGCAAAAGCAAAGCAGCCAAGGCUGGACUGUGUGAGGGGGAUGAGGUGGUGUCUAUCAAUGGCAAGCCCUGUGGAGACCUAACCUAUGCUGAAGUCAUUGUUCUGAUGGAAAGCCUGACUGAUGUCCUGCAGAUGCUUAUCAAGAGACCCUCCAGUGGAAUAAAUGAAACCUUGAGCACUGAAAGAGAAAACGGGAAGCACGAGAACGUAAAAAUUGAGGACUACAGGGAGAACACCACACUGCAAAUGAACACAGCGCAAGAGAUACCCCAUGGAGAUUUAUGCAUCACAGAGAUUUACAGUGGGACUCACCACGGAGCAGCAGAAAGCAACACACACUUUUCUGAAACGAAACAAGAGACCCCACAAAGCCAGAGAAUUGCUCCUAAAGUGAUAGGCACCCCCAAAGUGAUCGUGACAGAUGAGGCUGCUGUCAGAGAGACGACAGAAGAAAGGCCGGGUGCGAUGGUUGAGCUGCAGUUUUCCCUCUCAAAUGACGUGCACAAGGCCACCAGUGCUCCUGCUGUGACUCUCUUGGGGGCAGAAAAGUGCCCCCCUUCAGGCAGAGGACCCAGUGCAACACAUGAUGGGAGCAGCUCCCUCAUUGCAGUUCCUCUGGGUGUAAAGGAGGGCAACAUCCAGUGGUCAAACAAAGUAGUCCACUUUUCUAGCAGCAAGGAGGUGAAGAGGAUCCAAGGUGCAGCUCCAUCUAUCCCCAGGGUGGAGGUGAUCCUGGACUGCUCAGACAGGGAGAAGGAAGCGCCCAGGUCUCAGUCUGAAAGGGGGUGUGUUGAUUCUCAAGUAGAAGGAGGGCAGUCAGAAGCACCUCCUUCCCUCCUCUCCUUUGCAAUCUCACCAGAAGUCACAGUGCAGGGAGAAGACAGCAAGCACUCGGAAAAGGAACACAGACCUCUCAAGCACAGGGCAAGGCACGCAAGGCUCCGGCGAAGCGAGAGCCUGUCGGAGAAGCAGGUCAAAGAAGCCAAAUCUAAAUGUAAAAGUAUUGCACUGCUGCUGACAGCAGCUCCCAACCCCAAUUCCAAGGGGGUGUUGAUGUUCAAGAAGCGCCGCCAAAGGGCGAGGAAAUACACUUUAGUCAGCUACGGGACUGGGGAGUUAGAACGUGACGAGGACGAGGGGGAAGAGGGUGAAGGUGAAGAGGGGGACAAGGAAAACACUUUUGAGGUGAGUUUGCUUGCAACGAGUGAGUCGGAAAUAGAUGAAGAUUUUUUCUCUGACAUUGACAAGGACGGUAAGAUCGUGACGUUUGACUGGGACAGUGGUCUGCUCGAGGUGGAAAAGAAGACAAAAAGUGGAGAGGAGAUGCAGACGCUCGCAGACAGCACAGGGAAAGGGGCCCUCAUGUUUGCCAAGAGGAGGCAGAGGAUGGAUCAGAUUACAGCGGAGCAGGAGGAGAUGAAGGCAAGCACAGUGCAGACAGAGGAGCACAGGGAAACCACCGUGACAGAGAACUUCCAGAAAGUAAGCUCUUCCAUCUAUCAAUCAAAAGAGGAGGAAAUGUCAAGGCAGCAGACCUGUGUGAGCAAAAGCUACACAGACGUGAGCCAGAAUCACAGCAAAGUGGUACAACAAAAUGGCUUUGGCUUAGCACCCGGCACAAACCUCCCGUUUCAAUCCUCUGGAACACAAAAGGCAGCAUCUUUGAAUAAAACAGCGAAACCCUUCCCUUCUGGAGUUCAAAACCGAGCAGCUGCACCAUUUUCCCCUGUAAGAAAUGUCACCAGUCCCCUUUCGGAUGCAGCAGCACCGCCUCCUUACUGCUCUGUCAGCCCACCUGCUGAGGCUUUCUACAGACCUGUCUCAGCUCCUGUGGCCAGCAAGGCUGCCCCGCCCGCGUGGGCAGCCACCGAACCCACGGAACACAUCGCCUCCAGGGAUGAAAGGAUUGCCGUGCCGGCCAAAAGAACCGGGAUACUGCAGGAGGCAAAGAGAAGGAGCACUUCCAAACCUAUGUUCAACUUCAAAGACGCACCCAAAGUAAGUCCUAAUCCAGCCCUGUUGUCCCUUGUACACAAUGCAGAGGGCAAAAAGGGGACCGGAGCUGGUUUUGAGUCAGGACCUGAAGAAGACUACCUCAGUUUGGGAGCAGAAGCUUGCAAUUUCAUGCAGACUCAAACAUCUAAACAAAAGGCCCCUCCUCCUGUUGCUCCAAAGCCUUCACUCAAGGUGUCUCCUUCUGCUGGUACUCCAGUUUCACCAGUUUGGUCACCUUCAGCUGCGGCUUCCAACAAGCCUCCUUCUUUCCCAGCACCAUCCUCACCUCAGGCAGCGUAUCCUGCACCACCCAAAUCUCCACAGUAUCCUCAUUCUCCCGUCCAUCCCCCAAGCACUCUCGACCUUGCCGGUCCUUUCAAAGGGCCUCAGGCCAGCCUGGCGAGUCCAAACCUUGCCCCCAAGGCAACACCAGUCACCCCAAGUGCUGGAGAAACAAAGCCUCCCUUCGAGAUGCCACCAGCUAUGAGUGGGAAAGGAGCACAGCUGUUUGCCAGGAGGCAUUCCCGAAUGGAGAAGUACGUGGUGGAUUCAGAGACUGUGCAGGCAAACAUGGCACGAGCCUCAUCUCCAACUCCAUCUUUACCAGCUUCUUGGAAAUAUUCACCUAAUGUCCGAGCACCUCCACCCGUCGCUUAUAAUCCCAUCCACUGCCCUUCCUACCCUCCUGCUGCUACCAAGCCUUCCUCUAAGGCUGCUGCUGCUACCAAAAACACAAAAAGAAAACCUAAGAAAGGCCUCAACGCUUUGGAUAUUAUGAAACAUCAACCAUAUCAACUCGAUCCAUCUUUAUUUACCUUCCAACCUCCUAAGGAAAGCCUUGCCAUGAAGCAGACAUCGAAGCUGUCCACUUCAAAGCAAACACUGCCUUUACCUACCUACCUUCCACCUGGUCCUGGCUCUCCUACAAGGGCCCGGCCUUCGUCGGUGUACUCCGUGCCAGCCUACGGUUCCCAACCUUCCUUCCCAUCAAACGCCUCUCUCCCAGGAAAUGAAUCAUACUCACCCACAGGCUACUCUGCGUUUUCUAAGCCAGAAACCACCACAUCCUCUUUGUUUACUGCUCCGAGGCCAAAAUUUUCAGCCAAGAAAGCUGGCGUCACUGCACAGGAUCCUUUUCCAGAUUUGCUAGCUUUAAAAUUCCAAACCCUUUGGUUCUAAAAAGAUUCCCUCUUCCAGUCUUGCCUCUUUACAUGAUGCAGCUUUCUUUACCUGAAGUCAAACACCCGGGAUUCCACUGAUUGCUUUGGUGGUUUGGCACGGCAAGUGCAAAUCUUAAUCACGCAGCUUGGCAUAAUGAUAUUUUAUAAUGACUCUGCUCAGCUUGGAAUGGAAACACUAUACAAAGAAGAAACUUGACAAAUCCUGAAAAACCUGUGGAUUCAGAAGCCCUGAAUAUGAAAAUAUGGGAGCCUGGUAAUUUCACAGCAGUCUUGGUGCCACCAUCACAACUUCACAGUACCCAUGACAACAACUGGUCUUAUUUUACAAUAGACAUUACUUUUGCAUGCCAUUACAUAAAAGAGGAGUUGGAAUCGCUCAAGAGUUAUGUUUGACAAGUGGUUUUCAGGCUGAUUGCUUACUAAAAGAAGCACUUCAGGUUUUUAUCAAAUGAUUUAAAAAGUAGGAAAAAUCCUGAAGCUCUAUGUUGAAAUUAUCUCUACAGAUGCAGACUUGAACUCCUCCCUUACAAGCUAAGACAAACCAUAUGACAAUAAUCUCAUGGGUUUAAUAUUUGCUUCCUUAAGUAAGGCAGGCAAAGACUUUAUGUGCUAAUCAAGUCUCCAGUUAUCCUCCACAGCAUUUAAAGGAAAAAUCUAUUCCUGGUUGUACUGAUCUUGACAAACUUUUUAAUUGAAGUGCAUGCAAAACAUCUGUGCAGGUUUCUCCCUUAGGCUGAGAAAACUCAGCUAUGAGAAAAUAGCUGAGUUUUCUCAUAGCUGACUAUCAGGAGGAAGGCUGACUAUCUGGAGGAAGGCUUCCUGUGUGGGGAGUUAAUGUAAAACCAGCAUUUUCAAACAAGAAUCCUUAGUCUUUUGUACAUUUUAAGAUAGAAAUCUUAAACCAGAGACUACCCUCAUAAUUACAGGCAAUUAAAAGAGAAGAUUCUAUAAAAUAACCUGAAAAUAACUAGGUCAUUUCUAAAUAGGUGUCAAGACUGAGCUGUUGAACAGUUGGAGUGUUUCUCUUGAUGUUUCCAUCUAGAUCUGAAACAGCAGAUUGUAAUGGUUUUAAGAAACAUACAACAAACAGAAGAAAAGGAGGAACAUAAGUGAAACAAGAAGUGAAAUACAUUACCAAUCACAGGAGCAUGUUGGAUUACAAAGGGUGACAUGGAGCACAACACUCCGUUUCAGUGUGAACUUUAACUGAUGGAGAAGCAAAGAAUUCAGCACAAUUAUAUUAGGAUCAAAAGUUUCCAUACAAUGAAAACCUAUGGGCAAAUCUUUUCAGUUUUUUAAAAGAAAGAUUAUUUUUUCCCCCAAAACCAUAAAUAACUGCUACUCAUUUUUGGGUUUGAUUUGUGAGAAUACUACUUCUCACAGCCUCUCUAUGCAGGUUGUUGUUGGUACAUGGCUCCAUACUGCAAACAAAAGAAAUCUGGCACCUGGGUACACUUGGUUUUCUUCCUAGAGUACUGAAGUAGUAUUGAUGCAAGCACUGACACUGUGUAUAUAAAAUUAUGAGAAAAACAAUAUUAAACACUAUGGUCUGGAUCGCAAAGGCACUUGGAAUUCUUGUUGCCUGUGUCAGCUUAAUCCAACCUUCUUGGGUGUUCAUGUGGCCAGAACAUCUGCAAUUAUGUCCUAUCUGCUUUUUUUUUGCUGUAGGAUUCCACACGGGGAUGCCCAUCUGACAAGCAGCUCUUUGCUGCUUUGUCUUGACAUCAUCCCAUGCUCAGCACUGUUCUUUACUCAAUGCACACUCUUCCAAAAGUGACCUUCAUACAGAAUUAUUUUCUUACAGAUUUUUGCUGUUAGCACCCAAAACCAUUCAGAAGUUCAUCUUUUCACUGGUGCAUUCUACAAAUGAGUAAAUAAUGCAGGGAGUGAGCAGCAGUGACACCAGGACACUCUGUAGCCCUGGGUGUGCAGUUCAAGGCAUCUCCAGAGCCCAGCAGCACAAGCACAAGUUACUCUAUGUGACCCUUAACAUCCCUCUGUGAGUGUGAACAGCUGACAGACUCCAGGUGGAAUUCCAUAAAGGGAAUCCUCAGUAACCAGCUGUGAAUUCCAACCUUUUUUACAAUACUCUCCUGUGUUAGAGAACCCUAAUAUUUCCUAAAUGAAUCCCUGAAAUGGCACUGGUGGGGCAGAAAUCCUGAAAUGUAAUCAAAAUGUAUCAGCACUGGGCAAUGGUGCUUUUAUUUCAGAGCUUUGGAACAGCUGACCUUCCAACUUCACUAGCAUUGCUUUGAGGUAGCUUUUUAAGACCCAAAACAAGCCCUGGAAUACUAUCACGGAGCAUGCUGUAACAGGGGGUUUGAACCACCAGGGACCUGAAUAAAACCCUCCUGCCUCAUAGGAUAUGGGGCUGGAACAGCUCUCAGCAUGAAUUUUCACACACAGGGACAUUUACACUGAAAUAUGUGAUGCUUCAGACACCAAGAUUUGUGUCAGAGCAGUCCUAAAGAAGGCAGUGGUACCACGUCUCAAGGUGGAAAGGUCAGAAGAGAGGGCAGACUUUGCCCUGGUAGCUGUUCAAUAUAAAAUCCAGAAGGUGGCAGCAAAUAUUCUUCCUUACAAGAAAUAAUUUAUUCCGAAGAAAUCUAAAAUGUCUAUGGCCAAAAGUUUCAGACAUUUGCUUUCUAUAGGCAUAAAUGGGCUGUAUUUUGAGAACUGCACAUGGAUAAAGAUUAAAUGAUAAUGAAAAGUUGAUUUUCUUUCAUAUUGCGCAGGUACAAAGUGAGCUAACUAAAUAAUUUAUGGUAAAUUAGCAGUAGUCUUACGUCUUUUAACCACACAGGAAUUUUGCAGUAGUGAAGGCCUAAUUCUAAUAAUUUACUUUCCUCUUCUACCACUACUUGGCAACUAAAAAGGACUUUAUUUUCAUAAGCAAAAUUUUGUCACAAAGCUUAUGUGAGUUGCCACAAAAAUUUAUGUGAGAUGGCUGACAGUAACUGCUUCAUUCUUUUGAAUUCUUCUCACCUGAAAUAACACCACAUUUAGAAACAAUCUGAAUUUAGAAUAAAUUAGAUUCCAGUGCAAAAGUUCCCUAUAAAUUUUCAGAAUCAAACCCUGAAAAGACAGCUUUGAGGAAGUCAGGAUCAGGCCUGAACUCUGUGAUUCUAAUCUAUUCCUGGUCUCAGUACAGCCACUGACAAGGUUUUAGUUGUUAGAAAGGUGACAUUCCCUUCUUCCCCAGCCAUUAGCCAAAUUUCUUCAUUCCCAUUUUAGUCAACUGUAAAAUAUUUCUAGAGUUUGAAAUAAAAAUUAUUUUCCCAUUUUAUUUCAAGAUUUUUGGUAGCUGUAUUGUAAAAUCGCUGUAGCAUUUACUGCAGAGCUGGCAGCAUUUCAGAGAGAAAUUACUUUUUCAUUACAUAAAAUUUAUUAAAUGCUUUGGGACAAAAAAAACCCCAAACUAUAAUAAUAUUAACAAUAUGUCUCCCUUCCAUACUCAGUUAAAAAAAGCUGAAGAGCUUCUUUCAUGUUGAAAAAAAUGGAAAGAAAAAAAUAAUUUUAAUGCAUAAAAAUUCAUUGUAAUUUAUUUUGUCCUAUCAUUUUCCCAGUGGUUUAGUCUCUAACUUCAGUGGCCAUUACAAGCCCAUAGAAAGCCAAAGGAGAAAUGCAUUGCUCUGGGCUUUUUAUAAAGACAGAGUCACUUUCUGAGAUAAAACAAUUGUUUUACCUGCUUCCUCCUCCUUUGUCCCCUUUCUGUGUAAACAGCAUCCAGGUGUUAUUGUUAAUUCAGAUUUUAAUGUGCUUUGAUGUGGGAUUAAAUACCAGGACCAUAAUGAAAAGAUAAAAAUAAAACUGCUUUAAUGGCUUAGACACCAAGGCUUAACUUUUUCAAGUGACUUCAUUAGGGAGGAGUUUAUGUGGAGAGAGUUUCACUGGACUAUCCAGAGUCCAACCUGUUUUUGUCUCCUUGACUGGAAAAAAGGCAGCUGUGACAUGUAAACACACACACAGAGUUUUCUCUUACUGAGAUGUGCCGCCUGAGACAGAAAAACAGCUGCUGGGAAAUCAUUUCACUAAGUAGUAUUAUGCAUUCUUAUUUAGACUGGAAAAGGAGAAAAAAAAACCUUUCUGACUCCUGCCUUUAAAAUUUGCACUAUUUUAUGAACCUAAGUAUUUUUCUUUUUGUCUUUGAGCUUUAUAUAAUUAAUAAGAAAAUUGAAAUUGCUCUAAGCUACAAAUAACCCAUUAUUCCUGACUAUUGAUUAAGACAUUAUUGACUCAAACAGUCACACUCAUCCAUCUUACACUAACUAGAUCUAUACCUGCACACACCUAAGUACUGCUUUUACAUUUGUUUGCUUAUAUAUGGAAAUAGUUACUUUUGCAAGUAAUAUUAUACAAAUUUUAAUUUAUAUUGACAUGCAUCUUAUAAAUAUCAGAGAUUCUUGCAGUGCCAUAAAUGUUUGCUUUAGUGAGCAGUUUAUAACUAGUUUGCAUUUUCAAAAUCAGUGUUAAUCUAAACCUAACCUAAACAGUUUAAUCUGUUUGCACAAACACCCAAAGCACCCAGCAGCUGCCAGGAUUCUGUGAUUGCAAAGGACGGCUCUAAAUAGCCUUUCUUCUUCUUCUUCUUUGCAUUUAGGAAUCCCUUUCCCCUCAAUAACUAUUGUAGAAAAGGAUUUUUCCUCUGAAAACAUCCAGAAACUGGAAAAGAACAAAUUAAUCCAUUAACAAAUUAACAAAUUAAUUUAGUGUAGAGUGUUCUAGUUUAUCUUACUGCAUAAUAAUUCAACAUUCUGUUGAAUGUUUUACCAGAAGAUUACAGGAAUACAAAAUGUGAUAAAGUAAUAAUUCUGGUAGCAUUUCACUUUUCUCUCCUCCCUUGAUUUCUGAGGUGAAGAAUAGAAAAUCUCUACCCCUCUUUUUAUUUUCUUAUAGCUUAAGGGAGACAGAGGGGAGAGUAAUUAUUCCCUAUUUACACUUCAUAUUUUCCACUAUGUCUGGAGUUUGUGCAUUGUUUCUAGUACAUUGCUUCUAGUUUUGCUUUACCAAAGCUAGAGGAAACAGAUGUGCAUUUUCACAUUUUGGAAUUUGAAAAUUAAAACGCAGCUUAUUUAUUAUAGAUAAUAUUAAAAGUAUUUAGAAUUUUUUUUCUAAAAUCAAGCUAUCAAGCAGGAAAUGGAAACCCACACCAGAACUUCAACAAAAUGAUUCAUUUUUGAUAAAACCCUAUCAACUAAGUGAAACACACUUAGUGACUCAUCAUUCUCUGAUUAAACUCUAUCAAAUAAAAUCAGUUCCUGCUUUAUAACUUAUGGUUACACCAAAAAGAUACUUCCAUAACUUGAUGAACUCUGGAGUUUUUCUCUGAACAGGACAGACUAAACAGUAUCUUCAUUUAAAUGUCUUGAAAAGCCAGAUAAUUUAUCCAACACUUGUUUCAACAGUAUAAUUUCCCUCUGCAUCUCUGAAGUCCUACAAAGUACUCACAGGGAUUUGAACUGGAAUUUCCAUUGAAAAAGGGGGACUUUUCUGUUCUAGAGCCCUCCUGAGAGGAGCUAACACAAGUAGACUAAUGAGGUGAACCUAUUUGAUCAACUUUUUCAUCCCUUUCCACAACUUUAUCUUCUCAAUUGCUUUAUAUUCUUAAUUACCACUUAACUUCUUGUGGUUUAGGUUAUCUGAUUAAUUUCUAACAUGGAGGGAGGGGGGUGGAUUAAUAAUGUUGAGGAGUUUCCUCUCUGGAAAUGCAAACUGGAAAUAGCUGAUCAUAGCUAAGAGGUGAAAGGAUGGUCCUGUCAAAAAGCAUCAGUGGUGAAACUUGUCAAAACUCUCAUGACAUAAACUCUGAGUGUCACUCCACCUUUUUAAAGAGAUUCAGGCUAAAUACAAGCAAACUGACUGAAAAUGAUGAAAUCUGAAGUCUCUUCCUCAGUUUCCAUCUCUCAUACAGAGGGCUGAUAUUACCUGAAAUAAAACCUGAAGCAGUGGUCAUUCAAGUUCCUUAAAUGCAGCAAGAUCCUGUGGCAGAAAAACUUAAAAUGUGCAUUUCUAUGUGAAUCUUUGCUAGAUCAGCUAUACCUUGAACGAUCACACACCUGGUUGACUGCUCUCUAGCUCAUGCUCACAAUGUUUCAAGUUUGGGAAGCUCAUUAGGAAAAAUAACACUGGGCAAUGUUGUUCAGAUUCGUUUCUAGCAAAGCCUCUGGCAAAAAGAGCCAGGAAUUUCACAGCAGAUUUCAGAAUUAAAGGCAUUUAAGCCUGAGGACAUGAAUCAAUGAAUGUUAAUCGCUGGUUUAGGAACCACCUUUACAGAAGCUCUAAGAACCACAUCAUUUGUGUGGCACAGAGAGCAGGUCUGGCUUGGGGACAGGCUGUACCUGCUUCGUGUGCUGCCAAAUGGCUGCUGCAGCAGAACCUUCUCACAAACACAGUUUCUGUUUCAAAGUGCUGCAUUACUAAGAAGAUUAGGAUUUGUCAAAAAUGAAUGGAUUGCUCCUAUAAGUGGGUCGGAAUGUACUGAAAUUCUGAGGGCAUUGCCUUUUAAAGAAGCCAAAAGUAGCGUCAUGUAAGGGUAUUAAGUGAAUGAUUGCAUUAACGCCUUUAAUUGCUUGUGUUCACUUUUGUGCCCCAAAAAGGGGCACAAAAAAAAAUAGGAUAAGUCUAAUAAUUUCCAAGUAAGAAAAGCCUUUCUUAAAAGGAGAUUGCCAAAGAUAUGUUCUCAGACAGAUGUCCUAGACAGAGCCUGUUAUCAAAUAAAUUAGGCUGUGCCUAAUGUUAGAAAGAAUCUAGUAAACACACACAGAACUGUCACAACAUGACUCCCUUCUGCAUUAAGAAUGGUCUUUUCAGAGCAAGGCACACCAGCUAAGUAGUGGGCAAGCUGCACAGUUGCUAAUGCCACUGUACUUUUUCAGGAAAAGCCUGUCUUUGGUCUGCUUACUUUCCUCAAAAAUUCCAUUUGCUGUGCCUUUGUUCCUGUUUCUUUCUCUGCCUCCUGUCUUUCCAGUAAAUUACAGUUCUAAAAGAUACCUGUAGACAUAAAAAGGGACUUGCCAGGAUGUCACAUGCCUUCAGAGUCUUUUGUUCCAGUUUGGAAGUGAAGAGAAGGGGCUUCCUUUC